GGGGAAUUUUCUCCACCCCCUCCGUGAGUGAGCAACUGCUGCUAUGUGCCUCUCUCAGCACCUCCAGGACUAAAGCCCUUUUAAGUUCCUCAAAAGAAUCUCCUGGCAUCCUUUCUUCCGUUCCGGGCAGCGCGUGGUCCCGGGAGGGUGCCCCAUCGCUCUCCAGACCAGCUCUGUAGAUUUCUGCCUGCUUCCCUUGCCAAAUGCAUCCUUGCAAACCCAGAAGCCCUGUGCCAAUGCUCUGUGGAUGGGCCUGGCGUUAGAAUGGUGCCUGCCUUUCUGUGACGAGGCCAAACCGCCCGGGUGAGGAGGCUGCAGAGGGGCGUCGGAGGCUGGGCAUGGAGGACUCUGACCAGAGGUUGGUGCUGGGUAUGAACAUGGGUGAUGGGCGGGAAACACCUCCCGGGGAGCUGAGGACGCCCACCGAAGAGGGAGAGGAGCAGAGGACACCUGUGUCUGAAGCCAUCUGUGACGGUGGCAGCGGUGAUGCCAAAACUUCUCAGAGGAAAGAAGAGGAGCAGGAGGAAGAGGAGGAGCUUGACCCUCGCAUCCAGGAGGAGCUGGAGCACCUCAAUCAGGCCAACGAAGAGAUCAAUCGAGUGGAGCUGCAGCUGGAUGAAGCCCGUACCACGUAUCGGAGGAUCUUGUCGGAGUCUGCCAGGAAGCUGAAUGCUCAGGGCUCCCAGCUGGGGAACUGUAUCGAGAAAGCACGCCCCUACUACGAGGCCAGGCGCUUGGCCAAGGAGGCACAGCAAGAGACCCAGAAGGCUGCCCUGCGGUACGAGCGAGCCGUCAGCAUGCACAACGCGGCCCGGGAGAUGGUUUUCGUGGCUGAGCAGGGGGUCAUGGCCGACAAAAACAGGCUGGACCCCACCUGGCAGGAGAUGCUCAACCACGCUACGUGCAAGGUGAACGAGGCCGAAGAGGAGCGCCUGCGAAGCGAACGGGAGCACCAGCGCGUCACCCAGCUCUGCCAGCAGGCCGAGGCCAAGGUGCAGUCGCUGCAGAAGUCCUUGAAGCGAGUCAUUGUGAAGAGCAAGCCCUACUUUGAGCUGAAGGUCCAGUUCAACCAAAUCCUUGAGGAGCACAAGGCCCGGGUGACGUCCCUGGAGCAGCAGGUGGGCCAGGCCAAGAUGCGCUACUCUGUGGCCUUGCGGAACCUGGAGCAGAUCAGCGAACAGAUCCAUGCCCGGAGGCUCCAGCGCCUGGUGGGCCGGAGGGCUUCCCCGGUGGGCGCCGAGGCCAGCCCGACGCUGCUCUAUGGGGCGGCGGCGCUGCCCCCCGAGCCGGCUGGCUCUGCCGACACGCUCUCGGUGCUCAGUUUCCAGACCAUUGCCUCCGACCUGCAGAAAUUCGACUCGGUGGAGCACCUGCUGGGGCUGUCCGACGCCGCCAGCCUCAACAGCGACGAGCUGGAGGAGCGGGAGCAGCGCCGCGAAGCCCAGCCCCACCCCUUCAAGCACCACCGCAGCAUCAGCCUCUGACAUGCCCCCAUCACCCCCGCUCUCUGCUGCAGUCCCUUUCGCCCCCCACCUCCUGGGGAAAUGGGGAGAAGAAGGGGGUCGGGCAUGAGAGGAAUGACCACGCCGAGAAAGGCAGGUCUUGGGAGCGCAUUGGUCUGAAGUGCGGCUG